AUGAACGGUGACAUGCUGGAGAUAGAAAAUACCAAUCCACCGUGGCUGAAGCAACUAUUGAAAGCCAACUUCUACGCUGUCUGUAAAACCCACGAAGACUACAGAUGUAAUCAAUGCAACCGCUACUGCAUAGAAUGCAUUGUAAAUUUUUUCUGUGAGUACUGUUUAGAUGACCACGAAAACCUCCAAAUCAUACAGAUAAGGCGAUCAUCUCUGAGCAAUGCUGUGAGGGUGGAUGAUAUAAAAAACCAUAUAAAUCUUGGUGGUGUGCAAACAUACAUGAUAAAUAAACGACAAAUUGUUUUCUUGAACUCGCGACCAUAUACACGGCUCCCUUAUGGUGUGACGAAGAUUUGUAAUAUUUGUCGUCAUAGUCUGCCAGCUGGUAACUUCAGCUUCUGCUGUUUAAGUUGUAAGACAUCACACUCAAUUCAAUUGUUUCUUCUCACUUCCAACAUAAUCAAUUGGAAGGGUGCAAAUAUUCUUCCUUCGAUAUUUACAUAUAGAGAGCGCGAAGCUAUAUCUCGUGAUUCUACAAAACAAACAUUCGCCGUUGAAACAGAGCUUAGUACAGGCGAAAUUGAUGACAGUUUCCAGAUUGACCAAUCAUCAACGCCAAACAGAAAAUUUAAGGUAAGGAGGCUGCAUAAAUUGCUAGCUAAAUCUUCUGUUGCGUCUUCUUCAGCUGCUAAACAGGUUACAAGCAGCAUUUAUCCUGCAACUACACCUAUGUUCAACCAUGUAAAUUCCAAGAAAAGGAAAGGCAUUCCUUAG